GGGGUGCGAGUGGAGAAGCAUUCCGUGGGGGCAAUAUUUUUGUUUUCAUCAGCAAGUGAUUCCCAAGUGGGUUCGCGCCGAUCAUCCUCCGCUCUGCGCUCUUUUAAUCUCACGGGGUCUUUUUGAAAUUUGUUGGCGGCCAUGACGACCAAGGUCGUGCCAUUUUACCCGUGCAAGUACAGGCAUUACAACUAUGACUACCGCAGCAGUGAUUCUAAAUAUGUAGUCAAGGAAUACUCCUCAAGAUCUAAAACUUCUGCAACUGCUGUGGCUUCUGCAACUACUGCAGCUAGUGCAACAAGAUCAACUACUGCAGCUAGUGCAACAAGAUCAACUACUGCAGCUAGUGCAACGAGAUCAACUACUGCAGCUAGUGCAACAAGAUCAACUACUGCUUCAAGAUCAACUACUUCAGCAACUGCAGCAAGUGCAACUACAGCAGCUACUGCGUUUACUGCAACUGCUGCGUCUACUGCUGCUUCUUCGUCCACUGUAGCAACUGCUCAUGAGGAAGAGAGCCUAGAAUACUCGUACAAAGUACGGAAGAGAAUUAAUGAAGUGGUGAAGACGAAGGUAUCAGAAAAGUACAUUCGUGAGGAGUCCAGGAUCAGGGGUCCCGAAUUCCUGGUGAGGCUGAGGUCCCAUACAGUCUUUGAGAACGCCUCUGUGAAGCUAUUCUGCACGGUGCAUGGAUACCCCACCCCCUAUGUUAAAUGGUUUAAGGACAAUGUCCUCAUUGACACAGCCAGCACAGCGGCGAAAUACUUUGUGGAGAGCAAUUAUGGAGUUCACAGCCUGGAGAUCACCAGGUGUAGCACGGAUGACACAGCCCUUUACACCGCUGUGGCCACUAACCUGCACGGGCAGGCAUCUUCUCAAGCCGCUGUCAUUGUGAAGAGGUUCCGAGGGGAAGAAGAAUCCUGUCCCUUUGCUUGGUUUCCUUACCAGUUCUCCAUGUUGCCUGAGAUAACGUAUACUAAGAUCGACAUCACCUUCUUGGAGACGUUUGAUGUGACCUUUGGAACUGAGGGGGAUACUGUCACUCUGGUCUGCAAGAUGGACAUCAACCCUUACCUGGCCAACCUACAGCCAGACGCUGUGUGGUUCAGAGACGAACACCUGCUGAAAGAAUCCAAGUGGGCAAAGAUUGAGGCAGGGGGCGGGGUUGUUAAGUUGACUCUGCCUCAGCUGUACAAGGAUGAUGAGGGCCUUUACACUCUCCGAAUGGUGACAAAAGGGGGCUCUGCUGUGCACAGUGCUUACGUCUUUGUGACAGAUGGGCCUCCCCCUGUUCCAAAGGCCCCAGGUGCCCCCAUGGACAUAAAGAUCCAUGAUGCCAACAGAGAUUAUGUCAUUGUGUCCUGGAAACCCCCCAACACCACCACCGAGGGCCCCAUCAUCGGAUACUUUGUUGACAAAUGUGAAGUUGGGACUGAUAACUGGGUUCAGUGCAAUGACUCUCCCAUUAAGAUUUGCAAAUACCCUGUAGCGGGCCUGUUUGAAGGACACUCCUACUAUAUCCGUGUUAGGGCAGUGAAUGCCCACGGAAUCAGCCGGCCUUCCAGGAUGUCUGAUGCCAUCGCCGCCGUUGACCCCACUGAAUUUGAAAGGCUGCAGGCCAUGAAACUGGGAGGAAAACUGGAUGUUGUGACAUAUCAUGACGACCUGGAAGCGGAGGGAAGUCCCCCGGGAGCGCCUGCCAACGUCCACGCCUCGGAGACGGACCGAACAUAUGUGGUGCUCAGCUGGGAGCCGCCUGCCUACCGAGGACGCGCUCCUAUGUGGUAUUACAUCGAGAAGUCUCUGGCUGACAGUGGAACCUGGCAGAGGGUGAACACCCAGGUGCCGGUGAGGUCACCGCGGUACGCCGUGUUCGACCUGGCGGAGGGCAAGCUGUACAGCUUCCGCGUUUUAUCUGCGAACAUGUACGGCCUGAGCGAGUCCUCCCCCCCUUCCCCAGCCGUCCAGACCCAGGAGCUGAAGGGUGUUCCCUCUGCCCCUGGUCAAGUGGUCGCUACCAGAAACACAAAAACAUCUGUUCUUGUCCAAUGGGAUCCACCCAAACACCCCAACAAUCUGAUUGGUUAUUAUAUUGAUUGCUGUGUGAAGGGAUCCAAGGACUGGGUCUCCUGCAACCACAAACCACACAAACACACCAGGUUUGUGGUUCAUGGUUUGACCACAGGGGAGACCUACGCGUUCCGCGUGCAGGCGAUCAAUGAGCUGGGCCUGAGCGAUGAGUCCCAGGAAUCAGCCCCCCUCUCUGUCCAGGCUGCUCUGAAGGUGCCCUCUUCCCCCUAUGAUAUUGCCCUGCUCCUCUGUGACGGCAACUCCAUGAUCAUAAACUGGAAACCCCCGAAGCACUCCGGUGGGGCCAAGGUCACAGACUACUAUGUGGAUAAGAGGGAGGUCUCCCAUCACACCUGGAGGGAGACCAACAUUCCUCCCAUUAAGGAGAGAAUCUUCAAGGUGGAGAAUCAGAAGAGCGGUGCAGUCUAUGAGUUUCAGGUUUAUGCUGCGAGCUUUGUUGGAGUGGGGAACCCAUCAGAGCCUAGCUCUCCUUUUGUCUGCCAGGCUUGGACUAUGCCAGAACCAGGUCCACCUUAUGAUCUGACCUGCUGUGAGAUCAGGAAUGACUCUGUGGUGGUUGAAUGGAAGGCCCCGUUAUAUGCAGGCAGUAGUGAGGUCACUGGCUACACUGUGGAAAUGUCCAAGAAGGGCUCGGACACCUGGACCACCGCAAACGAGACUGCCGUCAGCCACCGCUACUUGAAGGUGACUCAGCUAGAAGAAGGUGAAUCCUAUGUCUUCCGGGUACAUGCCCAAAAUGACGGAGGGGUGGGAAAAGCCUCCAUGGCCUCAGAUCCGGUGGUUGCCAAGGCCCUGGAAGGCAUCCAGGAGGUGCAGUGUGGGGUCGAUGCAGAGACGGGUGACAUAUACCUGUCCUUUGAAAGCUGCGAAAUGUCUGAAAAUUCAUCCUUCGUCUGGAAGAAAUCCUAUGAAGAAAUCACCGACUUCUCGAAAGGAAUUGCCAUCAAAACCGAAGGGAGCCGCUCCAAGCUUAUUUUCAAGAACCCUGACAAAGAUGAUGUGGGAACCUUCUCAGUUGCUGUUACCCACACCAACAAUGUCUCCUCCAGCUAUGUACUCGCACCUGAAGAGCUCGAGAAAAUGCUGGCUCAGAGUUAUGACAUCAGACACCCAAUCAUUCCUCUGAAGAGUGAGCUGUCCUAUAAGAUCCUGGAGAGAGGCCGUAUGCGUUUCUGGGUGCAGGCAGAGAGCAUUUCCUCUGCCGUCACUUACAAAUUCUUCAAGAAUGACAAAGAGUUUGUUAACAGUGAGCAAUACAAGAUGAGUCACGAUGUGGCCACAGGCAUCAUUGAGAUGGUGCAAGAUCAUUUCACUGAGGACAGUGAGGGAACCUACACGGUCCAGAUUCAGGAUGGGAAGGGCAAGAACCAGUCCUCUUUGGUCCUGAUUGGAGACGCUUUCAAGGCAGCGCUUGCUGAAGCUGAGUUUCAGAGACGGGAGUACAUCCGAGUGAAAGAAGGCCCCCACUUCUCCGAGUUUCUGUCUGUCCAUGUGGGAGAUGAUUGUUCCGUCACGCUCCUCUGCAAGGUGGCUAACCUCAAAAAGGAGUCUGUGUUCCACUGGUACAAGGAAGCUGUUGAGGUUGAAGCACUGGUCGAUUUAACAUCUGGAGUUUGCAAACUCCCCCUCCCCCUGUUCUCCAAGAAAGACCAGGGUGUGUACAGAGCUACAAUCAGUGAUGACCGAGGAAAAGAUGAGUCUCAGAUCAACAUUUCUGGCCAAGUGUUUGAUGAUAUCGUCAUUGAAAUCACCCAUCUUGCUGGAGUUUCAGCAGGUGAUUUGGUGAUCCAUUGCACCGCAGAAGGCAUUCGUCUGCAGUGCCAAAUGAAAUAUUACUUAGAAGAGAUGAACAUCAAUUGGUCACUCAAGGCCAAAAAACUAUCAGCAUCAGAACAUCUGAGGAUUGGAGGAACCCCACAAAUGGCCACCCUUGAGAUAGUGGAGCCUACUGAUAAGGACAAGGGCACGUACACCAUUGAGAUUGUAGAUGUGGAGAAGUCACACACUCGCACUGUCGACCUUUCAGGAAAAGCUUAUGACGACGCCUAUGUGGAAUUCCAGAGGCUCAAGGCUGAGGCCUACGCUGAAAAGAACCGUGGACAAAUGGUCGGUGGCCUGCCUGAUGUUGUUACUAUCAUGGAGCACAAGACACUUAGCCUCACAUGCACGGUGUGUGGAGACCCUAAACCCCAGGCAUGCUGGUUCAGGAACGACCAGGAGGUUGACCCCGAUGACCACUUCAUUAUUUCCAUGGACUCGAGCAAGUUCGCCACCUUGACCAUUAAAGGGGUUACCAUGGAGGACUCUGGCAAGUACACCAUGAGCGUGCAAAAUAAGUACGGCGGUGAGGCGGUGGACGUCACCGUGGCCGUCUACAAGCAGGGCGACAAGAUCCCCGAGGUGAAGCCCGUGCCCGCACCCAAACGGAUCACGCCCCCAAAGCUGCCAAUCAUCAUACCAACCACAGCCACCAAGGCCCCGCCCACUCCCCCUGCAACCAAAGCUCCCAGCCCUGCCCCAGCUGGUAAAUCUACUGCCGCCCGUGGCAUCAAGUCCCCUGUCCCUGGCAGAAAGAAGUAAAUAACCCAACAUAAUUGGUAUACACAAUGCUUGAAAAAAGCUGCCAAAUAAAAAAAUAAUUUAUAGCAUGUGUCUUAAAGUAAAUUAUCACAAGAAGGUAGAUGACUGGAGAUCAUUUCUCACUAAGGAGGCAACUGUGUCCCCCUGUCUUCCUCCAAACAUUAGAAGUGGCGUCAAAGUAAAUAAUUUUGAACAGAAGGAGUCUGGUUAUUGUUGGUGCAUUAGCACACUGUAAGGCCUGCAUUUGCGACUGAUUGCAGCAGAAUGUGUUGUGAUGGUGGAGGGAGGGUGGAGGGGGGGCUUGCUCCUGAGGUGCUUUGGUGAAAAAUGACCAGCUUUUGAUGUUUAGUUUUAAACGCAGAGUUUUCAAUUGGCCUGUGGAGUUUUAAAGCCUCUGUUCCCUGUAUGUGUAUGUGUGUGUGUGUGUGCGUGUGUGUGUCUGUGUGUGUGUGUAUCCCGGAGCAAUAGACCCUCCGCUUGGCCCCCAGCAGUAGGGCCAACAAACCAGCAUCACUGUCAUCACUCCAAAUAAAUCAAUUCACUCCCACGCCGAGUUAUGUGUACUCCUGCUUUGAGCUAAUAAAAAAAUAAAGAUUAA